CGCUGCUGUCUUCACUUCAUUCCACGGAGACUGGAAGUAAGAACACACACAUCAUCAUCAUCAUCAACAACAACAACAACAGGAAACAUGCCCAGACGCACGGCGCAGGAGUGGAUCAGGUUAUCCUUACGCACUCCGGGGAUCCUGAUCUUCGGGUUGGUCAUGGCUCCCUGCGGGUGGGUCCUGGAUCUGACCGCCACUGUGGCCCCCAACUGGAGAACUAUUUCCAGCGUCCAAGGCCGCCCAGAAAAUGAGAUCGUGCAGCAGGGUAUCUUCGAUAUCUGCAUCGCCUCCUCCACCGACACCAGGAGCACAUGCAGCCAGGAGGACGCCACCUACUUCGGCAACGACAUCAUCCCCAUCGCCCAGGGUCUGAUGGUGGCCUCCCUGGUCAUCACUUUAAUCGGGCUGGCUGUGGCCAUUCCGGGUGUCCGCUGCUGGAGAGACAGGCCCAACUGGGUGGUGGCAGGUCUGGGGGGACUGCUGAUCUUCUGCUCAGGGGUCCUGACCAUCAUCCCCAUCGCCUGGUACACGCACAUCCUCUCCAACGUCACCACGGUCACCCCGCUGACGUCCCCCUCCGUCCUGCAGGUCGGGUACUGCAUCGUCCUGGGCUACAUCGGCGGCAUAUUUGAGGUCCUGGGGGGCUUCGUCAUGUUCAUCGGUAUCUGUCGCUGCUGCGGUGGCAAAAACCGAGGAGAGGUUCGUGUGGAUGAAGUCACCGCCGGCAGACAGUUCAGGCACCAGAAACCUCCGCCAAGACGCGUGGACGUGCCGACCCUGAGCCGACCCCGGAGCGCAGCCAGCAGCGUCCCCUACUCCAAAGAUUCUAUGGAUGAGGAUGUGUCCUUUCCACGGGCCAAGAGUCCCGCACGGUCCGUGAACACCUCAUACAGCGCACAACCCUAUGAUGCAGACCUGUGAACCAGAACCAGAACCAGAACCAGAACCACAUCUGGAGCAUCAAAGAAAGAAGGACACAAAGUGCAGAGGAGAAGUGAGUGAUGUGAAUAUGUAAAGAAGAGACUGAGAGCAAUGACCUCAGAAUUAACCACACAUCUAGUUUAGUUCCGUUGGAAACUACCUGGAACACAACAUCCAAAUCCUCUAUUCUAUUCUAUUCUAUUCUAUUCUAUUCUAUUCUAUUCUAUUCUAUUCUAUUCUAUUCUAUUCUACUCUAUUCUAUUCUAUUCUAUUCUAUUCUGAAGUCAUCAUA